UAAUAUCCACCGUUCCACCAUUUUUUUAAAAAAUCCUAUUGUUUAAAAAGUGAUAACGAUAUCGUGAACGGAAAGAGUAUAAUUUAAUAAUUGAAUAUGGAUAUUAAUAGAUUAGAAGUGUGAAUUAUUAAGUGUGCCUAAGUAGAAAUAAAUGAGUGUAUAAGUCAAAUAAAAUUAGGAAUAGAAGAUGUCGAACGUUGACAAACACUUCAUUUUGAAAAAAUUUCAAAAGAAAAAGUUAAAUUAAAUUUAUGUGUAUAUAUAUCCAUACCAUUACCAUAUCAAAUAUGGUCAAAAUUUUCCCACAAAAAGAAUCUCAAGAUUCGUAUCUCUUCAAUUCAAUGACCAAUCAACCAGCAGCGGCGCAGCCGCCAACCGCCACCGACGACAUCCCCACCACCACCGCUGCGAAGCCCUCCAAGUCGAAGAAGCUGACCCUCCUCCCCCUCAUCUUCCUCAUCUACUUCGAAGUCGCCGGCGGCCCCUACGGCGAGGAGCCCGCCGUGCAAGCCGCCGGCCCACUCUUCGCCAUCCUCGGCUUCCUCAUCUUCCCCUUCAUCUGGAGCAUACCGGAGGCCCUCAUCACGGCUGAGCUCUCCACCGCCUUCCCCGGCAACGGCGGCUUCGUCAUCUGGGCCGACCGCGCCUUCGGCCCCUUCUUCGGCUCCCUCAUGGGCACCUGGAAAUUCCUCAGCGGCGUCAUCAACAUCGCCGCCUUCCCCGCGCUCUGCAUCGAUUAUCUCAAGCGGAUUUUCCCCAUUUUCGAAUCCGGAAAACCUAGAACCCUCGCGAUUCUAAUCUCCACCGCGUUUCUCUCGUUUCUCAACUACACCGGCCUCGCAAUCGUCGGCUACGUCGCCGUGGCGCUGGGGGUGAUCUCCCUCGCUCCGUUCCUGCUGAUGUCGGCGAUCGCGAUUCCGCAGAUUCGCCCCCGCCGCUGGAUCAGCUUAGGGCAGAGAGGAGUGAAGAAGGAUUGGAAUUUGUUCUUCAAUACUCUGUUUUGGAACCUCAAUUUUUGGGAUAAUGUGAGCACCAUGGCGGGGGAGGUCGAGAAUCCGCGGAAAACCUUUCCACUAGCCCUAUUUUGCGCCGUGAUUUUCACCUGCUUAGGUUACAUCAUCCCCCUCGUCGCCGUCACCGGCGCGGUGGAGGUCGAUCAGAGCCGGUGGGAGACCGGAUUCAUGGCCGACGCGGCGAGGAUCAUCUCCGGCCAGUGGCUGAAGCUCUGGAUCGAGAUCGGAGCGGUUUUAUCCGCGAUCGGAUUGUUCGAAGCUCAGCUCAGCAGCAGCGCGUAUCAAGUUCUAGGUAUGGCGGAUUUAGCGUUUUUGCCCCAAUUCUUCGGCGCGAGAUCGAAGUGGUUCGGCACGCCGUGGGUGGGGAUCGUGGCGUCGACGGCGAUAGCCCUCGGCGUGUCGUUCAUGAGCUACACGGACAUCGUGUCGUCGGCGAAUUUCCUCUACAGCUUGGGGAUGCUGCUGGAGUUCGCGGCGUUUCUGUAUCUGAGGGUGAAGCUGCCGCAGCUGAAGCGGCCGUAUAAGGUGCCGCUGCCGCGGCCGCUGCUGGUGGUGAUGUGCGUCGUGCCGUCGGGGUUUCUGGUCUACAUUAUGGUGAUAGCGAAGAAGACGGUGUUUAUCGUGAGCGCCGCCAUGACGGCGGCGGGGGUGGGCUGGUUUUUCCUGAUGAGGGUUUGCCAAUCGAGGGGGUGGUUCAAGUUCAAGAGGGCGGCGGCGGCGGAGGAGGAGGAAUGACGGCGGCGCUCGAUUGGUUAAUGAACAUACUAUAAUCAUGUGAUGUUUAAAAAUAUUUAUUUAUUUAUGAAAAGCUUACGCGUUUGGUAUCAUCAAUUUUAAAUGACGAAUUAUGUGUUUAUAUUUUGGCGGAUUUGUUGUAGUCAUUGUCGAGAGUGAAUAUUAAUGACUAGUAUUUUGUUUUGUUUUUUA